AUGCCACAAUCGAAGCAGAGUAUACCGGAGGGAGCGAACGGCACGAGCUACAGGAGUCAUGGAAACAGCAGCGGUGGUAGCAGCAGCGGGUUUCAAACUCCGCCGUCCGAUAUUAGUCCCGAAACAGCCAUUCGCAACCCAUUAAGGCCGUCCUCGCGAAGGGCUUCCUCGGAAAACACGUUCCCCGGCCCCAUUGCUUCCCCCUCAGGUGGACCGUCCGAUUCCGUUCUCACCGAUCUCUCCUCCGCUAUUGCUCUCUGCAACCGCAUCGUCCAUCUAUCAGGCCCUUACUCUACCUCUACUUCCCCUCACCGGCACUCCGCCUCCCUCCCCAGUUCCCCCUCCGCCUCCCCUUUCCGCGCGACCGGCCCCCCUCUUCCCCCGAUUCGAAACGCCGCCCUCCGUAUAGCUGCCGAACGUGUUUCGAAACGAACCAAGCAGCUCCUGCCGAUCCUGAUUCAGCUGCAAGCUGAGAUUCGCCAGUGCCACACGGAGUGCCUACUCCUGCUCGGACAGGGUUCCACAGUUUAUAGGCGCACUCAGAGCGUUGGAGGGAGGAGCUCAUUGGGAGGGGAGGAAGACGGCGGAGGAGUCAGAGCAGGGGGAGGCGGAACAGGGGAAGGCGGGUAUGGAGUGGGAGGAAUGGGAGGGGGCGCACUAGGAGGGGAAGAUUUUGGAGGAGGACCAGGAGAAACAGGUGAAGGGUAUGGGUAUCAGCAGCAGCAGGAGCAAGAGCAGCAGCAGCAGCAGCAACAGCGCAGGCGGAGGAGCUUAGAGGACGUUCCAUUUCCUUCAAGUUCCAUGGUUGAUAAGUCUUUAUUUCUGGCUGGUGGCCGAGGCACUGCGGGGGCUACUGGGGUGGGUAGAGGUGAGCAGAGUGAUACCAGGGGCGCUAGCAGCUCUGCUGGUACUGCACGCACCUCAUCUCUUAACUCCUCUGCCGCCGCCGCCGCCGCCGCCGCCGCCGCCGCCGCUGCUGCUGCUGCUGCGGUUGGCGCUAGUGAUGAUGCUGGUAGGGGUCGCGCUUCCGCCACAGCCUCACCGCCUGCUGCGGCGACUUCUUCCUUAGCUCCCAGUAAGCAAACUCCCAGUAGGCAAGGUUCCAGGAACAACCGCACUCACAGCGGCACCAGAGCCUCCAAUCCCGCCCUAGCAACCGCCCACCCAGGGACGCUUCCCCCUCGCUCCCCUCCUACCCCUCUCACCACCUCCCUCCCACCGACCCCCCCACACCAGCCCACCCGCCUUCCCCUCUCAGCCGCCUCUUCCCCUCGUAGUUCCACCGCCACUGGCACUUCUGUCUUUUCUGCCGGCCCAGCUGCCGCCCGCCAGCUGGUCGUCUCACUCUCCCGGGGAUCUGCGCUGGAAAAGCGGACGGCGCUAGCGGCGCUUUUGGACUUAUCUGAGUCGUCGGAUGCGGGGAAGCUGCACGUGACUGCAGCAGGGGUGGUUCCUGUGAUUGCUGUGCUGCUCAGUCAUCCGGACCUGGGAGCCAGCUUCGGCAGCAGCAGCUUCGGAAGCAGCGGGGGCGCAGCGGGGAUAGGUGGUGCAGGUGGUCCUGUUGGCGUAAGCAGGACCGGGAGUGGUACCAGGAGUUCUAGAACGUCGAGCAUAGGGGAAGAGCUUAAGCUAGUCUCCCUGCAACUGCUCCUAUCGCUCGUUUCUCUUGACGAGAACCGAGCCGUGGUGGUGAAGGCUGGGGCGGCGAUCGUGGCGAGUGAGGCGAUUCUGUCGCUGGUGGCGAUUCUGCAGUCGCAGACAGACGGUGCGGUGAAGCAGGAUGCUGCUGAUGCCAUUGCGCACCUCACAGCCAACAACGAGAAGAACCAGAUGGCAGUGGUGGAAGCGGGUGCAAUCCCAGCGCUGGUAACCAUGCUACGAGACGGCAGCACGGGCGAGCAGGAGAGGGCGGCUCUGGCGGUGGGCACGCUGGCAGUGAACAGCAGCGACAACAAGCUCGCAAUCGCUGCUGCCGGCGCCGUGCCUCUGCUGCUCGACCUCCUCUUCCACUCAGUUGCUGCUGCUGCUGCUGCUAACUCUGCUUCUUCAGGGCGCUCAGGGCGAACAGGGCGAUCAGGACAAGAAGGUCAAGAAGGGCAAGCAGAGCAAGCCUCCUCUGUGGAACCUUCUCCUCGAGCUGCCACAGCAUCGGUCUCUCUCCCGCCCUUCCACUCCGCUUCCUCCUCCUCCUCGCAUCCUUCCCCUGCCGCCACCGCCAAGACCUGCGCCUGGACGCUCUACGUCCUCUCCUCCGACUCUGUCUCCGCCUCGUUCAUCCUCGCUAAUGACGGGCUCGAGAUAGUGUAUAAGGUGUACAAGGAAGGGCCGUCGGAAGCGCAGUUCUGGGCGGGGCACAUGCUGCAGCUGCUGGAUCCCACGUUCCGGCGCCCUGAGAAGCAGGCUAGCUCUAGGAGGUAUGCCUGGACCUCUCCUUCCUCUUCCUUUGUCCAGAAGCAGCAGCAGGUGCAGCAGCAGGCUGUGGUGCCACCGGCGCCGCCAAGGUCGCAAUUCAAACGGCAGCAGUAA